AUGGUGAGAACAAAAUUUUUUUUUUAUCUUCAACUUUCUAUUAAUCCAACAAUUACUCAUUUAUACGUGACAUACUCUCCUAUCAGAAGAAGAAUACGCGGAAAUCAGAGAGAUCGUGAUAGAGAAAGGGCUCAAGCUAGAGCUGGCGGCAAGGCUAAGCAGCCAAAAGCCGAUGGAUUAACUCCUGAACAAAGACGGGAAAGGGAUGCGAAGGCACUACAAGAGAAAUUGUCAAGGAAAGCAGCAAAAGAGUUUGCGGGAGCUAAAGGUGGGAAAGAUGGAGUGAAGACUAAGCAAUAAUAGGUGUGCCAGCGUGUAGUUGUAGAUAGCUCUACACACAUUGGCCGGCUGGCUGGUUUCUUUAUUGGGUUGUGACAGAUUUGUGGUACCGGUCUAUGGUGAUAUCUUUGUUGUGUUCAAUGGUAAUUGUUAAUGAUUAUAUUCUAAUUCUAUGAUAUAUUGUAUGCAAGUCAUUCAUCACUUCAAUUUCUAACCAUUCUGUAA